UCACAAUUCAACCAACUCUUUUUCUAAUUAAAAAAUAUGAAAAAAAGUAGAGGCUCAUCAUUCAAUCAAUAUGAAGAUGAGUUGUUAUGUUGUGUAUAUUUAGAAAUAUCACAAGAUCCAAUUGGUAGUAAUAACCAAUCUGGGAAAAAAUAAGUAAAAGCUACCACGAAAAAAACUGGAAGGUUGGGAAAUCAAAAGCUUCAGAUCUUUAUAGAGUAGGAUGGUAGCAUUACAUAUGUUGUUAGAAAUCUAAAGAGCUGCAUCACCCAAGUGGAGAAUAUGCAUCCAUGUAAUUUUAUUAUCAUUGUGUUGCUUGAUUUUGUAUUAAAUUUUUAAUAUAAUAGUUUGUUGUGUAAUAUUUGUUUUUAAUUCUAUCUUAUACUUUUAAAUAUUAAUAUUUUAUUUUUAUUUGAAAGGUAUAUAUUUAAUUUUAUAUGUAAAAAUUAAAUUUAUAAGGUUUAUGUUAAAUACUUUGAAUAUAUAAAAAUUUAAGGACUAAAUGAUAAACAAAAUAAUUUAUAAGAUUAUUUAUGAAACAUAUAAUUUUAAGGAC